AUUAGUCAUCCGUCUCUGUUCCCUCAACCGUUUAAAAUCCUUUCCCCCACCCUCAGACACCAAAUCUCAACUUCAGCCAUAGCCCACCGGAAAUGGAGGCUGUCGACGGGGAAGUGGAGAGGCUCAUUGCGACGGCAAAAGUCGUGGAGUACUUAGAGCCUGUGAUGUCGAGGGACCUCCUCUUCAAGUUCCCUGACAACUCGGCCUUCGGUUUCGACUACUCCCAGAGCUCCAUCUGGUCUCCGCUGAUCCCCCGAGCUCACGUUCCUAUGGACUCGGGUGGCCCAGUCACACCGAAGAAGCUCUCUUAUGGGUCCGGGGCCAAAUACAAGCUGCGCAGCGCCGGGAAGAAGAUCGCCGCAUCUUCUUUCAAGCUCAGUAUUCGGGUUAUGCAGAGCAAUAGAAAGAAGAAGAUGAAGAUGAAGACGAACAAGAAACCAAAGUCGAAAGGGCUCGACUUCUCUCCGGCUCUUAUGAAGGGCGGUGCUUGCGUCCCACUUGCCGCAAAGGGUUGGAAUAAGGUCCUGAAAGCUGCCUCUAAGCAAUUCAAGAAGAAGAGGAGGAGGGAUCCGAUGGCCCAUGUGAAGCUCUCUAACUACUUGGAAGCUGACAACAUUUGAUACCAUAUCGAACUUCUGCCGGUCCAUCCAAUAGCUGGUUCUGCCUUGCGACGAAGAAACCGAGAUUCCCCAGCAAAUUUAUUGGAAGGAUGCAUUCAAUGGCACAUAUAGUACCGAUUAUGUGGACUUACCAAAUGUUUUUGAAUGUUAUGGCAGAUGUAUUUUACUGUUAAUAUCCACUUGUUUUCCAUAUGUAUGUCAUGUUCUCCGUUGUUGUCUUCUUCAAAGGAUCCAAAUUCCACGUCAGAACGACA